CAGCUCGACUUGCACCUGACAGGCCUUGGGACCACAGGGAAGGCCAUGGAGGCUUCAGAAAGCUCCUCCCAGACUCAAGACCACAGUCGAGUCCACAGAGAAACAGAAGAUCUAGACCGUGGAGAGACGGAUUUCCACAAGCAAGACAGGGAGGCCGGACUCUUUUCUCAAGAACAACAUGAGAGAAACAAGUCUUCUUCCUCCUCCUCUUCCUCCUCCUCCUCUUCCUCCUCCUCCUCUUCCUCCUCCUCUACCUCAGAGAGCAAUGAUGAAGACCAGCACUCCAGAGAAGCCAGAAAACGUCGUCGGAAGAGCCAGGGGGCUGGACACGCCCACAGGGGUAGCUCACCUGGUGCUGAGCAUGGGGAGCCUGACAUUUUGAAGGACGAGCUUCAACUCUAUGGAGGUACCUCUGGGGAAUUGAUGCCCUCUGGAGAAUCAGGACUCCGAAGGAGAGACUCAGACCUAGCAAGUGGAGAAGUGGAGUCCUCUCAGUUAAGAAGACUGAAUAUAAAGAAAGACGAUGAGUUUUUCCACUUCGUCCUCCUGUGCUUUGCCAUCGGGGCCUUGCUGGUGUGCUAUCACUAUUAUGCAGACUGGUUCAUGUCCCUUGGGGUCGGCCUGCUCACCUUUGCCUCCCUGGAGACCGUCGGCAUCUACUUCGGUUUGGUGUACCGGAUCCACAGCGUCCUGCACGGCUUCAUCCCCCUCUUCCAGAAGUUCAGGCUGAUGGGGUUCAGGAAGACUGACUGAGGCCAGUGCCAGGCGGGCAGCCAAGCCAGGCCCCAGUGUGACCAACACGACAUCCUCUGAGCACAGAGCAACAUUCUGGGAGACACACAGGCAGGCCAGGCUCGGGCCAUAAAGAGAGCAAUUUUCCUUCUAUGUGAUCUGAACGUUGGCACCAGCCCGGGCUGAGGUAUCAUUCAGGCAGCAUUGGCAUGCAAUCCAGCUGCCAGGGUGGAAGGCAGAGGGAGGAAGCAGGGACUGCGCCCUUCGUGGUACCUGGAUUGGCAGGAAGAUUCUGGGUCAUCACUGCUCUCAGGAGACAGUAGGAGAACCCUGGGCCCUGCAGGCUGUCAUAUAUCUGGGUUCCUGGUUUCUCUCAAAUCCCCACGCUGUCCUGGUAUGCUCUCAGGUCCUACAGAGCCAUCCCAGGACACACAGACAGUUCAUUACCCUGAGGCAGGGAGCCACCAUAUCAAGCUCCCCGGGGUGAACCUGAUGUGGGUGAGAUGUUGGGGACGAAAGCCACAGCAUUUAGGCUCCAUCACCUAGUGCCAGCCCUGCAACUCUGUACUCUAUCAAGAUCCAAAUAAACAUUUUCUUCCCUGGACUAAAAAGAGUCAGUGAAAUAUUCCUUUAGGCUUCUUGAGUUCAAGGAUACCUUUGGGGACCUUCUUUGGUCCCAUCUAGUCAGGGUGGGAAACUUGUCCUACAUAAUAAAGUAUAAAAGGAAAUAAAUGUAAAGUAAAGCCCCUCAUUUUAGGUCCAAGACUUCAAUUGCACAGG